UCCAAUCGACAGUUAACCAAAAUUGCUCUGUCUAGCUUGCAGAAUGACUAUACACUCUGAAGUUGGAUGUAUAAAUAAAAUCAAUUCGAUCAUUACGAACGUUACUAAAGAAUAAUAUAAAAUAAUAAACUUGAAUAAAUUCUUUCAGCAUUUCAAGUUAAUUCGUUGAUUUUUUUUAAUCCAUCUGUAGGCGUGCUACCAUUAGUCCAUAUACUAGGUACUCCAUUCGGAAGCCAACCAUCAAUGAAAUUGAUGGCAAAAUAAAAUAGAAAAAAUAAAUAAAUAACAUGUGAAGUAACAAUCAUAUGUCUUCUACGGCUAGGAACGGCAAACUGCUUGUUUCUUUCUCCUUCCUCCACGUUGAUUUUACCAAUUUCGGGUUUAUCAAACUGUUUCAAAAUAAGAGUAAGCUCAUGGAAUAAUGUCUUCGAUGCACCCAGGAAGACCAAGGCCACCCACGAUCCCUGAUAAAGCAAUCAAUGGACUCACUCCCAUGGAGAAUGAAGAGCUUGUGGAGGACCACUCGAUCCCACUCACUAGUAAUAAUAUUAAGGGGAUAAAGAAGAGGCUCGAUAACACCAACACCAAGACCGAGUGCAAUGAAAGCUCAGAGGGGCACAGUUGCGUUAAUUCCGCAUUGAUAAGAGAGACUAACGCAUCAGCAAUCACGAUCACGUGGAGGAGACAAAGAUUGUCAAGGGGGAGAGGUCACUGUCCAAAAAAGAGUUGGAGGAGGUCAGGAAACAAUUCGUCAAUUAGGGAACUUGUGCAUACGGAAGUAACGAAAAGAGGAACGAAUUAUGAAACGCCAUUUUCGCACAUGCAACUAAUAAAAAGGAGGAUUCAAACGCCGUCAUUUGGCUACAUUGUUGGAGGAUUAUUGGAGCACUGACCAGCGGGACAACCAUUAUGAUAUUUUUUUUCCUUUAUUUUGCUAUUAUGCAGAUGACUUUUUAAUAUUAAGUGAUGAUUAUUACUCUGUAAGAUACUCUGUAAGAUGGAUUUCGAAGUGAACUUGAGUGGAAGGACGGAGAGAGAAUUUAAAUGUUGAUUAUGUUCAGUUAAUUGACUGUGUGAAAUUA